CUCAGUUCAGAAACAACAAGUCAGUAUGAGAUCAAUUCCAGCCAGUGUUAUUGGUUUACCUAGCAAGACAACAAGCUGGUUCAGUAAGGAGGACAUAAAGAAGCGGUCUCAAGUGAUGAUGGAUGUGGAAAAGCAACUCAAAAGGACCAACACAGCACGUCCAUCCAUUGAAACACAGCACCAAGAACUAGUUACUACUGUCUCAGAACUCAAAAAUGUAGAACCAGAGUCAGCUGCACCAAUUCAAGAAGUCCAAACCGAAACAUCUAUGGAGAAGGAAAAUUCUGAGACAGGACAAGAGUGUUCUCUUUUCUUACCUCAGUCUGAAUUUAAUUUUAAUAAUUCCUUUGAUGAACUAACUUGUCUUGAACCGGUGCAACCGAGUAGCAUUGUUUCAGUGUCACAGGUUACAAAAGAAGAUUCAGCAGAAAGAGACCCAGAGCAAUCAACACAAGGAGAAAAGUUGGAACAGCCGAACAGCUUGCAGUCAAAUACAACUCCUGAAUCCUUGUCUUAUGACCUGCAAAAGCAUUGUAAGGAGUUUAAUAAGGUUACUUCUGUGCCUGAAAUGUUUCUUAUGGUUAGUACUCAUGAUGUGAAACGUUUUGGUCUUGACAAAGUUAAAGAUUUUUGUGUUUCAAACUCUGUUUAUGACAGCAUGCUUAAAUCUUUUAAAGAACUUGAACCAGAUAAACUUUUUGAUCAAAAAUAUUUUCAAUAUGGUAAUAAAAACUUUUCUGGUCAUGUUUUGAGUUUUGAACAAUUUAUGAAUCACCAUGAAAAGAUUUUAGAACCUGUUUUCAAGCCAACCGAGUUCUAUUUUAGAAAACCUUUUGAUUUGUUUGCUAGAACUGAAGAAAAUAGUUUUGUUGUGAACUUUCCUAGGCAUGAACUGAUCUCUGAUUAUUUUCUUGCAUCCACAUAUGAUUUGAAAAAACCAAGGAAGUUGCAUGAACCGAAAUUGCAUCAUUCUGAUGUUAGGGUUGAAAUUGUGAAGUCUGCAAAUAUCUCUGUGUUUGAGCUUGACUGUUUGUGUGCUAAAAAUGAUUCUAAACAUGUAGGGUUGUUCUUUGAGGAUAUUCUAGUGUAUAACACUUUCUUUGAAAAACCUGUUCCACAAUUGAAACUAGAGUUCACUGAUUCUGAAUGUAUGAACUUAAUCCUUGAUGAUAUUUGGGUCUGCAAUAUUUUCUUUGAUAGGCAUAAUAGAUGGAGAAUCAUACUGUUUUGUGCUUUGGUGACAUUCUGGUCUACAACACUUUCUUUGACAUGAUAACACACUUGUCUUGUCCAAAACAAGCCAAAAAAG